UUAAUAAUAAAGGUUGCUGAGCGACGUGGCACGGACACUGACAUAUAUACGUCCAUGGACACGGCAUCAUCAUCGCGUGGGCGCGGCUUAUUUUGUCAACAUCCUGUUAAAUUCUCCAGCCCCUUCAAAAUGGCGACCGUGGAGCAGAGGGAAGGGCAAGAAGAGCCAGAGAGUGAUGAAGAGGUGUACGAGGUGGUGGAUCUGACCGAAUAUGCUCGGCGGCAUCAGUGGUGGAGCAGGGUGUUUGGGAACAACUCUGGGCCGCUAGCUGAGAAGUACUCGGUGGCAACCCAGCUCAUGAUGGGAGGGAUCACAGGAUGGUGUGCCGGUUAUGUCUUCCAGAGAGUGGGGAAAGUGGCAGCCACUGCUGUAGGUGGAGGGUUCCUCCUUUUACAGAUUGCCAAUCACAGUGGCUACGUGCAGGUGGACUGGAAGAAAGUGGAGAAAGAUGUAAACAAAGCCAAGAAACACCUGAAGAAGAAAGCAAACAAAGCAGCCCCAGAACUCAACACGUUCAUUGAGGAGGUAAAGGCCAGCGAUUUUAUAAAGAGAAACAUCGUCUUGUCCAGUGGCUUUGUUGGAGGAUUUUUUCUGGGUUUGGCCUCCUGAACGAAACUUCUGCACUAUGCUUUUGGUCACUGUGUAGGUCAUUUUUGUCACAUUUUGUUUACAUCACCUUGUAAAUUGUGAAUUCAUGAUGGACAUAAUUUUGAUCAUUGGAUUGUGAUUUGUGGUGGUGAGUUGUAUAUUUACAUUUAGGGUAAGAAAUAACUCAAGUGAACACCAGUCCUUACUUGUGUGAGUGUGUGAAAUGCUGGAUUACACUUCUCAUUUUGGGCGGCUGAGGUUGUGGGUGACAUGUUUAAUUAGGACAAUGUUAAAAGCAAUGUUAUGCAGAAGUGUACUUAUGAUUUUAUAGACAAAUCAUACUGUUUAUAGCCAGUGAGGAGAGUUAGGGGCAUUUCUUCCUCCUGGCGGGUAUAACAUAAGAUAGGUGAAAAGCACUGGUCUAGCCUCAUGCAUGAAAAAACUGACCAAAUAUUUUUGUUGUGUUACAUUGUAAAAAUUAUACAUUGUUUAUUGCCUACUUGUGUGCAGCACUGGACUGGGAUGAAAAUAACAUUUUGGCUCAGAGCGGUCCCUCAUAUUAAUUGAAGUACGACCAAUCUGUUAUUUAUGUAUGUCUUAUCUGAAGGAAUGUUAUCCUGGCCUUAUUGUUUCAUUUUAAAUUGAAAAUAAGGAAGGCUGUGUAAUUUACAAAAUAAUGAAUUUGGUAAAUACAUAUUUAGAAUGCCCUGGAAAAUAAAAAAGGUGCAACAGCUUGAAGAA